UGCGAUUUUGCCAACACAAUUCCACUCGCUAAUGUCAUGAUACUAUGCCUGCACUGUGAUACCCAUUGCCAUGCCAGUGCUGUAAAUGGGUCACAGUUGACUGAAAAUCUGGUCUUUCACAAAAGAGGUUUCAUUCCUACAUGCUAACCGCAGACGACAACCGACAGUCCAACAUGCUGUUGAAAGGCACAGUGAUAUGUGCUUCCAGUAUGGAUAGGGAGUUGAAGCAGGAGAUCAGAACUAUGGUUGAGGAACUGGGCGGUACUUACAGCCAAGGCCUGAAUGUCCAAGUCAAUUAUCUACUUGCCGAUACGGUAAGAUCAGAAAAAUACAGGAUGGCUGCAAAGCUUUCCAUACCCAUCGUACGAACUGCCUGGAUUCGCCUCUGCUUUUCUCAUCGCAACGACGAGCGAUUCGAUCCUUUAAAACACAUUGCAGAGUACGAGUUAUUACCCUUUGCCGGAUUACGUGUUGCUGUAACAAACUUUCAACCAUCGGAAGUGCAAACGAUUAAAGAACUCGUGUUGCAAAACGGUGGAGACUUUUCAGGACAGCUGACUUCAACCUGCACGCAUCUCAUUGCCGCGUGUGCUGGCAGUAGGAAGCAUGACGCGGCCAUAAAAUGGAAAUUGAACAUUGUAAACGCUCAGUGGUUGCAUGAUUCUAUUGCCAUGAAUGCAUGCGCGGAUGAAAUUCUCUACCCUAUUGAAGUCAAAGACCCGAACGCCAAAGUGGAUAGUACGUCAUUGGCCCUUCUCGAAGAUGACGAUAGUACCUCUCAGGAUUGCGCUCUGCUCUAUCUCGAUCGAUGUAAUAUCUAUCCUGGGGAAGGAUUUAGUGAUCAGCAGUUACAGCAAAUCAAAAAGAUGAUUCGAGCCGGAGGAGGGUCAAUGCCUAAAGCGUUUGACGGGUUUGUUACUCAUUAUCUAGUUCCAGGGAGGACUGCUUCUGAAGGUGACAUCCGCAUGAUCCGGACUAGUGCGCGAUUUAUACCUGUUAUAUCGUAUCAGUGGCUCCGUGAUUGCUACCGCGAGCGGAUGCCAUUACCCACCGACUCCUACAUGAUUGAUGUGGGGGAAGACCCAUUUGAAGCAUCCACUGCGAGGCGGACCCGCUGUAUUUCGGAACAACGCGAUAUUACGGGCCUAAAUGCUGACACGGUGAAGCCAAAGUCACGGUUGCGCGAUGCACAAAAAAGGUCGAGGUCGAGUUUCCAGAUGGAAGACGUAUUUGCUGACCCUCUGGAGACCAGUAGUAUGGCCCAUCGAGUGCUGACAAAGGCGAGGGAAGCCCCCAAUGGUGACGAAUCUGCUGUUAUCGCGAACCAAGCGCCGCUGGAAGGGCGCGGUAAGGGAUCACUAUCAACAAGUCAUCCUACAGCAAUCUCUUCGCCACGAUACACGUCCAGACCGAACCUUGAGUGCAAUAUCAGCAACCAAUCACUGGCAGCAUCUGGUAUCCAUUGUGAACGGCCCGGCUCACAAGCAUACAACGGUGUUUUCUCAGGAAUACGGUUUAGUUGCUCAGGCUUUGGUUCAGAAGAGCGUGAGAUGCUACGCCAGCUGGUUGAAGGGCAAGGAGGGAGCUUUAUAGUUAGCCUUCCGGAGUCUACCGAUGAUCACAUAGUGAUUGUUCCACUGCUCGGAUCUACUGGAAAAGUCGGCUUACGAUCACGGUUGGUGACUGAGUUCUGGUUGGAAAGAUGUAUAGAGGAUGGCUUGUUGCAUGAUAUGAAGGCAAACAUCCUAUUCACUCCUUUACGACAAGAUAUGCCGCUGCCAGGCUUUAACAGAUACGUAAUUGGAGUGUCAGGAUAUGAGGGCGUAGAGCGUGCUCAUUUAGGAAAGCUGACAACGAUUAUGGGUGCCACCUUUACGGAGACAUUUUCGAAACAAAACACGCAUCUUUUAUGUAAACCGGGCACAGAUAAUGCCAAAUAUCGACGGGCGAAGGAUUGGCGAAUACCAAUUGUGGAUGCGGACUGGUUAUAUACAUGCGCCGCGGCUGGAUAUGUAGUGCAUCCUCUGGAGGGCGAAAGCGUGGGAAACACCGUCGACGUUACAAGGCGUCCAAAGGCAUCUGAUUUGUUCGAUCGUAAUACGGCUUUCGAGGAUAAAGUGUCAGAUUUAGACGAAGAGAGCGAGUUUCCGGCAACAGGUGCUUUUCAACCGAGAUUUGAAACCAACGCGGUCUUGUCGUCCUUGAUUACGCCGAAAGCGCAACUGCGGGACAUUGGCCGCAAUGUAAUGAGCGGGUCGCCGUUGGAAGUAUCGUUCACGAAAAACCUUGAGAAGGCUGUUCGACAAGCUAAUGGGCCACGACAGGGGUCCGUUGGCCAGAUCCAUUCGAUAGAUUCAUCUGGCUCGUGUGUGGAGCAGAAAAAUGCUGCACCACCACCAACCCUUCUUCAAGGAGUAAUAAUCUGCCUCAGCCCCCGAGUCGUUCAUAGACGAUCUGCGCUGUACCCAAUUGCAACUCGAAUGGGGGCGGAAAUGCUCGUGGCUUACAGCGAUACUUGCACCCACUAUAUGCAUCAAGGCAAUCGCGUCAAUGAAGCGUUCCGGGACUUUAAGAUUGCCCGGCAGCGCGGAAAGUAUAUCGUGUCGCCCUCCUGGCUUGUGGCGUGCCAUGAGACUGGGCAGCGUGUCAAGGAGUUGGAUUAUCCCCAUACGUACAAUCCCCAUCGAGCAUUAUCCAUAUCUACACCAACAAGCAGCCAGCGGAUGUCAGAUACGGUAGAAGAUCAGCAUCCGAACGAGACAUCAGCGUCCUCGUCUCCGCAAGAAAAGCUUGAGCGGGAUGAUGUGAAAGAAGACGCGCGGCAACACCAACAGUCACCACAUGCUGAUGAUUCACGAGACGAUCAGUGCGACGUGGGAGAUGAUCAAAGCGCGCCGCUACCAGGUGUUGAGAAAUAUGUUGAAAUCAUCGACAGGCUCUUGGACGCGAAAAUGACACGACGGCGACCUCGUCACAGCGUGCUACGGCGGGAUGUGACGGUAUCUUCCAUCUUCUCCGACGACAUCCCUACUGAAGACAGCACCAAAGAAGUCGGACGAGUGGACGUGCACCCCUUCACUCAAACUCAGAUUGCCAACAGACAGCAAGAAGAAGCCGCGGUGAUUGUGUACGAUGAUCCCGAUAGUCGAGUAGAGAAACGCAAGCUGCUUGAACAGAUUGAGACGAAUGGGAAGCGUCCUAAACUCUCCAAUAAUGAGGAUCCAUCGACAGAGCUAGAGGGGAACGGCACUACGACGUUAACUGAUACCGGCAUUAUGCCACAACAACUCAAAAAUGUUCACGAGGUGAAUGAGUUAUUGAGACGUAACUCCUCGUUUACUGGUAGUACGCUCGAUGCAAAUGGAUUCACGACUGAAAGCGAAGCCCCGAUUCCCCCAAACCGCACAGUUUCAGUGUGCUCCUCCGGCAUAAAAGAACCAAGCUAUGCCAGAACCACUAGCAUGGGAAUAUCCUCCGUAAGCGAGAGAACAAUUUCUGUGCCCACAACGGUAACCCCACCAUCCAUGCGCAAAUCCUCUCGCAUGUCCAUUUCGACCCGCGUGCUUGAACCUGCCGCUAGAAAGUUCCUGCUCUCUGGAUUGCCCCGCGAGGAGCGGGUCCGAAUGUCUCAAUUAAUAAGCCGAUUAGGCGGUACCGUGCUUGAAUAUGAUUGUUGGCACCCAGAUUGCACGCAUUUAAUUGUGAGCAAACCAGCAAGAACGGAAAAGCCGCUUGCAGCUAUUGCUGCGGGUGCCUGGGUUCUACGGCCAACUUACAUAGAAGCAUGUAAGACCGCCGCUCGGUUUCUUGAUGAGGUCGACUAUGAAUGGGUUCCAGACCCAGAUACUCCUCCCAUUGAUAGGAAUGUAUUCAGUGCCCCACGUCGAUGGCGACUAAAGCUGCAGAACGCGGAGAUGGUUAAUGGGAUUCGAAAAGGAAGUUUUACGGGAUGGAAAGUCUUACUGCUCGUGGAUAACCGCAAAAAGGACGGUUUUACGCGGUUAUUGAAUGCUGGAGGAGCCAAGGUUGUUGCAAACCCGAAGACUUUUCGGGGUGUAAAUACGGAGGAUUUGACCUACGUCAUCACAGAUCAGGAACCAUCAACGCUUCGCAAACAAGCUGUCCUCAUGAGGCUGGCUUCUCGCAGCAUACCGUUCGUCGAUCCAAACUACUGCGGCGAGUAUUUGUUUGGCGAACCGCCCCCUAGUCCUUCGAGAUGGCAAAUUAAUAUUUUGGGUAACGAAAGUUAAAAGAUGAAUGCGUAAAGGUGUAUAUGCCUGGCCUGCAGGCCCGAUUGGUGUCUCUUUGGUGUUGAACAAACGAUACAUGUACAGUCUAGCGAUAUCUAAAUUAGGAAUAUUUACACAGCAAAUAAAAAGUUUUGGAGAAUACAGCGAGCAAGUGAUUGAU